CAAGCUUCUGGCCUGCACUGUACGAGCAGUGUCCUAAUUGUAUGUGGACAGCAACUCUUUGAAACUCAAUGGCUACUGCCCAGCUCUCACACACAUCACAGAAACAUAAAACCUCCAAGGAAGCAGUGUUGUUUCCACACACAGUUACCACUGAACAGCAGUCCAUGGUUCUGGUGAAAAGGCUUCUGGCCAUCUCUGUUUCCUGUAUAACAUACCUGAGAGGGCUGUUCCCAGAGAGCUCAUAUGGAACUUGCUAUUUAGAUGACCUCUGUCUGAAAAUCCUUCGAGAAGAUAAAAGCUGUAUGGGAUCACUGCAGAUAGUCAAGUGGAUUCAAGGUUGUUUUGAUGCCCUAGAAAAGAACUAUUUGCAUAUGGCUGUCCUGGCAAUUUACACUAAUCCCAAGGAAACAGAGAGAGUGACUGAGCUGUAUCAGUUCAAAUUCAAGUACACAAAGGGCAGACCACAGAUGGACAUCAUAAGCAACAAAAUGGCCUCUGUGAAUGUGGUAUGCAGUGGGGAGAUUAAGAAAGCCAGUGUUCUCUAACGUAAACUGUACCUCUUAAUGCAGAACCUCAAACCCCUUCCCAAUGAUAUUACCCUGACCAUGAAACUCUUCUACUAUAAUGAUGUAACUCCUGAUGCUUACCAGCCCCCUGGCUUUAAGGAAGGCAGGAGCCCAGAUAACCUGCUGUUUGAUGGUGAUCCUGUCAACCUGAAAGUAGGAUCUGUCUCCACUGGCUUUCAUAUCCUAAAAGUGAGGGUAACAACUGAGAAUAAGAGGAUGAGGGCAUUGGGAAGCAACCUGGUCCAGGAGAAUGGCCCAACUGAGAUUUCCCAUCAAGGGCUAGAUUAUGAUGAAGAGGAAGAAGGUAAUAGAAAGAACAACCCUUUGCCUGUCAGGGUACAGUCAAGUAAACAUGGGAAGAGCAUAAGUGACACAAAUUCAGGCUGGCAAACUGAAGUGUUUAGUCUUCACUCUGAAAACACAGUUAAAAAAGACAACGUAAAAGUGAUGGAGGCAGGCAGAGUGUCCACUAGUAAGGCAUCUCAUCAGACACUUGGCCUGGACUUUGCAUUUAGCUAGGAAGAGGUGGUGGGGCCAAGGAGGAAGAGGAAGGUCAGUGAGCCACUGCAGCUGCUUCCAGAAAACAAGAAAUUAUGCUUGCCAUGGCCUGUUGACCAUUUCAGAAGAACCACAUUGUACUCUGGCACACCUUAUGCCCUCUCCCUGUUCAUAGAAAUGUCUCAACUUCUAUCCUCAGAUUGCACUCUCCAUACCCUGUGCAUAUUUGUAUUUUUACAUAUUUUUU